CUCUCUGCCUGCCUCUCCUCAGACUGACAAUGGCUGAAGCCCAGCUGUUUGUGUCACAGGAUGAGUUCACCUGCUCGGUGUGUCUGGACACCCUGACUGACCCCGUCACCAUCCUCUGUGGUCACAGUUUCUGUCUGAAGUGCCUCACGGACUGCUGGGAUCAGAGCCAAUUGUGCAGCUGUCCUCAGUGCAGACACACCUUCACCACAAGGCCUGAGCUGAACAGAAACACUCUGCUGAAUGAAGUCAUCAAGAAAUUAAAGAAGACGACACUCAGUCCUCCUCCAUCUAAGGAUUAUGCUGGCCCUGGAGACGUGGAGUGUGACGUCUGUACUGGGAAGAAGUUCGGAGCGGUGAAGUCCUGUCUAACCUGCAUGGCCUCCUACUGUCAGACUCACCUUCAGCCUCACUAUGAAGGAGAUGCCUGGAAGGGACACAACCUGGUUGAUCCUGACAGAAAUCUGAAGGAGAAACUCUGUGAGAAACAUCAGAAAACUCUGGAGAUGUUUUGUAAAACUGAUGAUUCCUGUAUCUGCAUGAUGUGUGUGGUGACUGGACAUAAUGGGCAUAAAAUGGUCGAGCUGGAGACAGAAAGAGAAGAAAAGCAGAAACAGCUGGAGGCGACACUGAGGGGAAUUAGGAGGAGACUUGAGAAGAAAGAGAAUAAAAUGAAGGAGAUGAGGAGGACAGCAGAACAGAUGAAGAUCUCUGUGGAAAGAGUAAUGGAGGAAAAUGAUAAGAGCUUCAGAGAUCUGAUACAGUGCAUUGAGGAAGCCCACAAGAUACUGACUGAGAAGAUCAGAAAACAAGAAAAGAGAGAAAUGGAGAAGGUUGAAAGAGUUAUGGAGCAACUGAAGAAGGAUAUUGAGGAGCUGAAUAGACGAGAGGCUGAGCUGAAGGAGCUUUCGGAGACCAAGGACCAUCUCCACUUCCUGCAGACAUUGUCAUCUCGCUGUGUCCUUCCUGCUGAUGGACACUCGCUCAACUUGACUUUCACCACCGAUUUCUCUUCUGAGGACCUGCUAAAGGAGCUGUCAGGUUUGAAAAAGUGUCUGGAGAAGAUCAGCCAGUGGGACAUCCUGCCUUUGACUCCAUCAGGUCGUGAAGCUCCAAUCUUCACCCUACGACAUCCUGAACCUCAGAGCAGAGAGGAGUUUUUACAAUACUUCUGUCCCCUCACACUGGACAUCAACACGACAAACAGACGUCUCCAUCUGUCUGAAGAGAACAAGAAGGUGACACGUGAGAGGACAAAAACUGAAUAUCCUGAUCAUCCUGACAGAUUUGACUACUGGGCUCAAGUUCUGUGCAGAGAGGCUUUGACUGGGACUCGCUGUUACUGGGAGGUGGAGGGCAGUGGAGAUGGUGUGGUGGUUGGAGUAGCAUAUAAAGGACUGAGCAGGAAAGGACGGGGCAGGGAGUGCCUCUUUGGAUACAACGACAAGUCCUGGAAUUUGCAGUGUUCUCAAUCCCAGUACUCUGUGCGUCACAAUAAUAAGUGGACUGUAAUCAGCGCCCCCUACAGCCCCAGAAUAGGUGUGUAUCUGGACUGGCCUGCUGGCUCUCUGUCAUUUUAUAGCGUCUCACACACAAUGACCCUCCUGCACAGGUUCAACACCUCCUUCACUGAGCCCCUCUAUCCAGGGUUUGGGUUUGGUCUUAACUCCAGUGUAACAAUCAGCCAUCUGACACCAUGUGACCACUGA